AUGAUUGCAUUGCAGAACAUCAAGAAAAUAGGUACUGACAUAACAAAUAUUGCUGUUAGCUCUUUAUCAAACAAUUUAAUUAACGUGGCCUUCAUUGUUAUCAAUCAAUAUCUUGGGACAAGAUUAUCUUUAGGAGAUGCACCAAUGAAUGAUGCAAUAAAUAUUGCAACAUGCUUUAGUAAAUUUGGAUAUACUGUCUAUUUUAUGGUAGAUCCUAAGUGUUCAAAUUUCAUAUCAAAAUUUAAUUAUUUGAUUCAGAAUACUACAAACGAUCUUGUAUUUUAUUAUAUUGGACACGGAGUUAUUGAUAAUGAACUAAAUAGUAAUGCAUUUUUAUUCAAAGAUAAAAAUUGUGAUCGUUACACAUUAUCAAGUUCUAUUAGCCUUGCCCAAAGAAAUGAUCUAAGGUUAGUGUUUAUUUCAGACUGCUGCUAUGCUGGCUCAAUAAUAGAUUUAGACAAUGGAUUUCAUAUUAACAGCAAUAUCGUUACAAUUUCAUCUACAAAUGGUAGACAAAAAGCAAGACAAAUUGUAGCCAAUAGGAAAGAACAAGGAUUAUUUACAUAUUUUCUAAUUGAUGCCUUAACCAACGAACCUUCUCUCACUAUCAAAGGCUGCCAACAACUUUUACGUCCAAAACUAAAGAGUUUCUCACAAACAAUAACUAUACAUUCAUCAAAACGAAAUUAUUUGAAGCAACCGAUAAUUCAUCAGAGACAAACAAGGUAA